GGGGAGGAGCAGCCCGAGCAGCCAAAAGGGAGGAAAAGCGUUCAAGCUCAAACAACACCCCCCCCCCAACCCCCUCCACCUUCCAAAAAUGUUUUUAGCUCUCUCUCUGUGGAGUCUCGCUCCUCCGACCUCACUUUGCGCUUUGCAAAUGUUAACCGCCGGGGUCUGGACAGUCUCUGGUCCACUGCGGAGGGCUGUGGCCUGAACCGGACUGCGACCGACAGCGACCGGGGAAAGGCGAGCAAAAAAAACAAACAAAAAAAAACUAACCCAAACAAAGCCCAAAUAAGAGCCGCAACAAGAACAGAAGUUGAGCGCGGCCGCUUGCGGAAGGCGGUCAGAUCGGCCGGGAUGCAGGCGCGCUACUCGGUGUCCACCCCCAACUCGUUGGGGGUCGUGCCGUACAUCAGCGGCGAGCAGAGCUACUACCGGGCCGCCGGCGGCUACGCGGGGAUGCCGGCGCCCGCGAGCAUGUACUCGCACGCGGCUCACGAGCAGUACCCGGGCGGCGUGGCGCGCGCCUACGGGCCGUACAGCCCCCAGCAGCCGCCCAAGGACACGGUCAAGCCGCCGUACAGCUACAUCGCUCUCAUCACCAUGGCCAUCCAGAACUCGGCGGAGAAGAAGAUCACCCUCAACGGGAUCUACCAGUUCAUCAUGGAGCGCUUCCCCUUCUACCGGGACAACAAGCAGGGCUGGCAGAACAGCAUACGGCACAACCUGUCGCUCAACGAGUGCUUCGUCAAAGUGCCCCGCGACGACAAGAAGCCCGGCAAGGGCAGCUACUGGACCUUAGACCCGGAUUCGUACAACAUGUUCGAGAACGGCAGCUUCCUGAGGCGCAGGAGGCGCUUCAAGAAGAAAGAUGCGCAGAAGGAGAAGGGCGAGCAAGAGCGGCCCAAGGAGCCGCCGGUGGCUGGUCGCGCCCCGGCUGCAGAGCCGCAGAACGCGCCGCCGGUGCGCAUCCAGGACAUCAAGACGGAGAACGGGGCAUGCACGCCGCCCCGAGUCGCGUCGCCGGCGCCGAACCGCGCCGUUGCCAAAACGGAAAGUCCCGACGGCGGCGCGGCCGGCGGGAGCCCGGGCGGCCGCUCGCUCGGCGCGGACCUCCCCGAGCAGCAGCGGCGGCGGCAGCACGGCCAGGCCUCCGCGCAGGGCUUCAGCGUGGACGACAUCAUGACGUCCCUGCGGGGGUCCCCCCACGAGGACCUCUCCUCGCCCCUCGUCGCCUCCUCUCGGACAGGUAUGACCCCCUCGCUGGCGCUCGGCUAUUCCCCCAACCAGGCGUCUUCCUACGCGUGCAGCCAGAGCGCCCCCAACUCCACCUAUCACUGCAACCUGCAAGCCAUGAGCCUCUACGCGGCGGAGCGAAGCCCCGGAGGCCACCUGGCGCCGUCGGGUGCCGCCGCGGACGAGGCUUUGACCGACUACUGCAGUGGCGAGUCGCCGCCGCCGCCGCCGGGCCACGCCAACCAGGAGGGCCCGCAGCAGGGCCCGCAGCAGGGCCCGCAGCAGGGCCGGCUCGCCUCCUGGUACGGCGACCUGAGCCACUUGGGCGCGGGCUACCCGUCCCAGCAGCAGAACUUCCACUCGGUCAGGGAGAUGUUCGAGUCCCAGCGGAUGGGGCUGAAUGGGAAUAACAGCUGUCAGAUGGCCUUCCCGUCCACUCAGUCCAUCUACCGCACCUCAGGAGCUUUCGUUUACGACUGCAGCAAGUUUUGACAGCUUGCAAAAGCGCAACCGGCAACUUGUACUUUCGGACGUGACCUCGAGGAGGUUUUUUUUUUUUUUUUAAAUUUUUCACUUGACAUCCUGAAUGCACAAAUUAAAGAACGAGACGCAGAUGAUUUUGUCCAGGCGCGUGUCCAACGCACGUAAGUUUAUUCUCUUAAUUUAAAAAAUAAAGGGCGAAAAAAUGGCUCACGCUCUGAGCCUGCUGACGUUUGUAAAUGAUAUCCUAAUAUAUUUAUUUUUAGAGAGCGAUCAAUGAAUUUCUUGGAAGCCAGAUACGCAGAUGUUUUUUUUUUGUGUCCAAUUUCUUGUCCCCAUUAGGUACAAGCGGGACCUUUGUAGCCCAAACUGGUGAUUUGAUUCACGCGUGUGCUUUGUCAACACAUUUUUGAAGGCAUUACAUUUUUUGGGGGGGAUGAAUAAAGUGCCUCAGUUUUAA